CAAAAUAAUUUCUUUAUUUUUAGUACAAUCUAUUUUGCGAUGACAAUUUAUGGAAAUUAACUCUCGUUGGGACAAUCAAUACUUUGGGACAAUUCUUUUCCUUAAUUAUUAGCGGAAUCGUUUCAGACAAAUUAGGAAGAAAAUUUGUAUUAAUAUGGGGAAUGGUUGGAGGUGCAAUUUUUGGAACUGCCAGAGCUUUCGCUCCAAACUACAUCGUUUUCACGACGCUCGAAUUUUUAGACGCCCUAUUCCAAUCGGGGACUUACGCAACCGGGUUUGUUUUAGCCGUUGAAUUAGUUGGCCCAAAAAAACGUGUAUUAGCAGGAACAUUAAUUUGUUGUUGUUUCGCUUUAGGAGAAGUUUUAGCGGCUGCCGUAGCAUGGUUAAGCAUGGAUUGGAAAAUUACAAUUUUAGUCCUUUACGUUCCAAUUUUUUUAAUAAUCUCGUAUCAAUGGCUCAUCCCAGAAUCAGUUCGAUGGCUUCUCAGUCAAAAACGUUACAAAGAAGCCGAAGAUAUCCUUAUGAAAGCAGCCCGAAUUAAUGGCAGAACAAUUUCGAAACAUGCCUUAGAAAAGUUGACGGUUCCCGUUGAUGAAAUUGCGAAAGAACCGUUUUUCCAUGUGUUUAAAUCGAGAAUUUUAGUGAUGAGAUUUUUUAAUUCAUGUUUUUGUUGGUUAUCAUGCGCGUUUUUGUUCUAUGGUUUAACAUUAAACGCGGUUUCUUUAGCUGGAAAUAGUUACGUCGAUUUUAUUUUAACUUCGUUAGUCGAAAUUCCAGCUUAUAUCGCUACUUACAUCACCGUUGAUCGUUUUGGAAGGCGAUGGACUCAAAGCUUAUCAUUCUUUAUUACUGCUGUAGCUUGUUUUGCUUAUAUCUUUAUAAGUAAAGAUCAACACGUUUUGGCUUUAUGUUUCUAUUUAUUAGGGAAAUUUGGAGCAACAGCAGCUUUUACGAUAUGUUACAUAAUUUCUAGCGAAAUUUUCCCAACACCUUUAAGGCAUUCUUUAAUGGGGGGUUGUUCAAUGAUUGCGAGGAUUGGGUCGAUGGUUUCACCACAAAUGCCACUUUUGGAACAAUUAUGGAAGCCACUUCCUUUAGUUUUAUUCACCGGCAUGGCAGCUAUUGCUGGGCUUUUAACUUUGGCAUUUCCAGAAACAUUAAACACCAAAUUACCGGAUACUAUUGAGGAGGCGGAAAAUAUCGGAAAGAAACCUCAGAAAAUACCCUGAUAUUUUUAAUUUUAAUGUAAAUAGAUUAAUUUAUUUAAUAAAUUUGAUUAAAUUGA